AUGGAGGAGGAACCAUACCUGGAGAUUUACUUAGAUCAGUGCCUGAAUCAGGAUGCGUCUGCCUCUACCAGCUCUCAUCUCUUCAGCCCUAUUGGGCCAUAUGAUUCAUACUUGCGUAUAUCAUCUAAUCAAGAGACAUUAGCCUCUCAUCUUGAAUCUUCCAAAGAUACUUCUUCUGAUUUUUCAUCUGUGGACCUUAGCUUCCUACCAGAUGAACUUAACCAAGAAAAUACAGAACAAACUCUCACAGAAGGGAAACAAGGAGUAGAAGAAAACCAUGAAAUACAAGGAGAUCCAUCUAGACUACAGGCACUAAGUGAGAAAAACAACAGCAAUGACACUUGCACAGACAAACUCAGUUUGUCAAAUUCUGGUUUGCACCUGCUUUCAGAUGGAAAUUCAACUCUUCCUUCUCCUGAGAACUCUAGCUCCGGCUUUUUUCCUUUGACAUCCAUGACUCCUCUGACACCAGUGACCCCUGUUUCUGAAGGCUCUGGAAUAGUUCCCCAGUUACAGAAUAUAGUAUCUACUGUAAACCUGGCUUGUAAAUUAGAUUUGAAGAAAAUAGCUUUACAUGCUAAAAAUGCAGAAUAUAACCCAAAGAGGUUUGCUGCUGUGAUAAUGAGGAUUCGAGAGCCCAGGACAACAGCACUUAUAUUUAGUUCUGGGAAAAUGGUCUGCACAGGAGCUAAAAGUGAAGAACUAUCUCGCCUCGCAGCAAGGAAAUUUGCCCGGGUAGUGCAAAAGCUUGGAUUUCCUGCCAGAUUUCUGGAUUUUAAAAUCCAAAACAUGGUUGGAAGUUGUGAUGUGAGGUUUCCAAUCAGGCUGGAAAGCUUGGUGCUCACCCAUCAACAAUUCGCUAGUUAUGAACCUGAACUAUUUCCUGGCCUUAUUUAUAGAAUGGUUAAGCCAAGGAUUGUAUUGCUUAUCUUUGUAUCCGGAAAAGUGGUAUUAACAGGUGCCAAAGAACGUUCUGAAAUCUAUGAAGCAUUUGAAAACAUCUAUCCCAUUUUAAAGGGUUUAAAAAAAGCCUAA